CCGGUGGACACGUAAAAGGGGCCAAAGGUCUCACGGUCCCGCCCUACCCGUCGGCUUCCAGCGCCACUGGGAGAGUCGUACUGCCUUUGGAAGGUUGAAUAUGGCUUCUGCUGUAGAUGUGGCUGCGCCUGCGCAGGCCGGGGACAGCAAGACAGCGUGCACGCUGGAGUUUACUGUGCAAAUGAGCUGCCAGAGCUGCGUGGACAAGGUGCAGACAUCGUUGCGUGGCAUGGCAGGUGUCCAGGGAGUGGAGGUGCACCUGGAGAACCAGAGUGUCCUGGUGACCACCACCUUGCCCAGCCAGGAGGUGCAGAGCAUCCUGGAGAGCACGGGGCGCCAGGCGGUCAAGGGCAUGGGCAGCCACGAGCUUCAGAACUUGGGAGCGGCCGUGGCCAUCUUGGGGCAGCCCGGGGCCGUACAGGGAGUCGUGCGCUUCCUACAAGUGUCCCCUCAGUGCUGCCUCAUCGAGGGGACAAUCGAUGGCCUGGAGCCUGGACCCCAUGGCCUCCAUGUCCAUCAGUAUGGAGACUUGACCCAAAACUGCGCCAGCUGUGGAGACCACUUCAACCCUGAAGGAAUGCCCCAUGGAGGCCCCAAGGACACCCACCGGCACCUGGGAGAUCUGGGGAACGUCCAUGCCAACGGUGUUGGAAGAGCGACCUUCAGGAUAGAGGACGAGCGGCUCAAGGUGUGGGACGUCAUUGGCCGAAGCCUGGUUGUUGAUGCAGAUGAAGAUGACCUGGGGCAGGGAGGACACCCACUCUCCAAAGUCACCGGGAACUCUGGAGAGAGGCUAGCCUGUGGCAUCAUCGCUCGCUCUGCAGGCCUCUUCCAGAACCCCAAGCAGAUCUGUUCCUGUGACGGCCUCACCAUCUGGGAAGAGCGGGGCCGGCCCCUCGCUGGGAAGGGGGCGAAGGAACCUGCCCCAAACCCUGCUCACCUUUGACCUGCUGGGAUGGCUCAGGCCCUCUCACAGUUCUCCCUAAGAGGCUCCAAUGAUGUCUCACUGUCUAAUCAAGUUGAAUCAGAAUGCCUCCCCUCCCCUCUGGGACCAGCACCGAGCAGGCCGCGAUGCUCCUGAGUGACUGCUUCUCCUCUGCUGCUUUCUCUUCAAAUUAAAGUUUUAUUUUCCUAUCAAGCUCCACACUUACCAGUGCUCUUCACCGCAUCCUCCCCCUAGCGGAGGAAGGGUAGCCAGGGUCUAGCUUCUUUCCUGUUUCCCAAUUGAUAUAAGGUCAACUUAAUCAGUAGCUUUUGUUUUUCAAACACCUAAUAAACAAAGGUUUGUUAGAA